AUGGUUCGUCGUUCUGAAAGCCGUGGUCGGGGCAGGCGUGGGCGUAGAUCUCCACGCCGCCGCUCCCGUUCACCACGCGGUGAGAAUAGAGGUGACAGCACUAGAGGAGGAGGUGGUGGAGAUGAGGAUGGUAGUGGUGGCAACAUUAAGGCACGACAUUUAUUGUUUCACGUAAGAAGUGUGUCCACGUUUCACGUAAGAAUUUGUAUAAUUGAUUAAAAGGGCGGUAGCAUAUAGUCCUAUGGAAAAAAUAAACACGUCCGCUAGUCCCGGACUGCCGCGCUUCGCCAAUUCAUUGAUUGAUUAAAUGAACCAAGAAUGCAGGGGUACUAGCUCUAGUAGUUUUUAAGAACUAAACACCGUCGAACCAAUUUAACUAAACACAGUUUUUCGAAGAGGUGGUAGACGUGGAGGAGGUGACAGAGGCUCAGUUCUACCAACUCCAACCAUUUCCAACUUAGUUCUAAUAAAGUGUUGAAUAUCGGCAUCUCUUUUGAUUUGAAGAUAGUGGUGUUACCAAUAGGAUUGCAUCCGACCAUACAAAGCUUGGACUAGUGAGCCUCCACGUCUACCACCUCUUCGAAUAACGGAGGUGGUAGACGUGGAGGAGGUGACAGAGGCGCCACUGCGUCACUGCCUUCGUAACUUCUUGCGUGACACCUUUAUACCUCUAAUAACGGAGGUGGUAGACGAGGAGGUGACAGAGGCGACCAGGACCGCGACAGGGGCCGCGAUCGGCGGGAUAGGGGUGGGCGGGAUAGAGAAGAUGGAGGAGGAGAAGCCCGGCUAGAGACUGGCAGACGGGUUCCGCCUACGGACAUGUCCGAGUACCGAGAUGAUCGCGACAAAGCUGGUAUGUGAUGAGAUGUAAUCUCCAGUCCUGUGGGACACUGAAAAAAAGUAAGCAGGGGUAAAUGUAUCUUUCACGUUGAUAUGAGCAAAACUCCCCUCAGUUGUCAUCCGAAGGCAAGUUUUUAGGACACCAUGAAAAUGUAGAAGUUGACUCGGAUUUUUAAAUAAGCUGCAUUUGAUACAUAGAUAAUUACAUGGUAGAACUAGAAGGUUUUGAAGAUGUCCGAUUAGCGUUGGAGGGAACAAAAAUGGCUCCUACAACUACAAGGUUAAUGUAACUACAAAUUUCCACCAACUACAAGGUUGGCUGACGCAUUUUGCCUCUGGGCAUCGAUGGCAGUUUCACCGGGAAACGGGUCUAUAUUUGCAUGUCAAAUCGGGGAUUUACUACGUGCAAUUGGAGAAGAAAAGUGGCAGUUUCCGCAAGAUCAUCAAUGAUGACGAUCCUUUGAUCAAGAAGCUGCACAAGAUCGAGAAGAUAAAAAAAGAGCUCAAAACAGCGACUUUCGUCUCUUUUGACGAUCACGAAGCACCGCCUCCGCCGCCAGAAGAUUGUCGCGACACUGCGGGAAGCCACGUAGUCAAAAGGAGUGCGACUACGGCAGGAAGCAGCACAUCAACAACUACAGCCGCUUCGCCAGCAGAUCCUAGUAGUGCACAAGCAGCUGGGAAAACGCAGAGUGAUCAUCAAAGUACUAGUAAGACCGGUGAUAGCCAUAGCAGUACAACAGCAGGUCAAUCGGCUUCCUCAAGUAGCUCAUCCUCUACUGCUUUUGGAGAUACUGGGAAUAGUAGGCAAGAAGGCACUGUCCUCCAAUGGAACGAAGAAAGAGGCUUUGGGUAUCAUCUCUUAAAUCCACGCUUUUUCACAUGUUGUAGUUGACUUGCUUUAAAAAAUCACUCAUAAAAAUGAAGACAGGAAACCAAAUAUCAAGCCAAGUACUAGAACUUCUGUCUGGCAGCAGAAACUCUUCUCCGCAUAAUAAACUUCUCUCAACCGUCCAUCUCACUCGUCGAAAGAUCAUACUACUAACUACAACCACCUCAUCAACAUGAGCAUAAGAACCUCUCCGGCCACAAAAAUACCAUUUAAUAACAGCUUUAUUCUCCCCAUCGCUACGUCGGAGAAAAGUCAAGUCCAAGUCUUCGUUCACAGGAGGAAUAUCAAGGGCUCAACAGCUUCCAGGCCAGUCGACCUAGUGGAAGGCCAAAAGGUUUUAUUAUCAAGUGCAACGGGUCUCUCUUGUGGAGGCCUAGAAUUAGCUAAAGUUCUUCUAGAGGACAGUAUUCGAACUACUACGAGUUGUACUCCAGUUUCAGUUUUUCCACUCUUAAUAGUAACACAUUUUUGUAAUGAACAGAAGGUAGUAGAUUUUUGCAUUUACUAUUUACUCCCUCACUUGGUUAUAAUGCUUUCACCGUCUUCAACGAAACUCCUCGAUGCCUGCAGCACCACAGACACAGGAAACAAACACAAAAUAUUUCUAAGUCCUGGUUUUUUCCCAGUUCCAAUCCAAGCACAAACUAAAAGACAAAGAGGACUGCUUCACUUGUAUCAACACAUUAAACAUCAUUCUACGCACAUGAUUUAUGAUAAUCAACAAAGAACGGACGCCACGUGACUCCUUUUCAAGGCUGUCUCAGGCUUCUGUUCUGUGAGAGAUUCAGGGAGAGUGACGUUUAAAUUCAUUGUUGUACUAGAACAACCCUAGAAUUAGAAACGGAUGGCUGACUGAAACACGAAGAGAUCGAUCAGGAUCUUUUGGAGAGAAAAAUGUCCUUUUUCAGAAGAAUUGUCUGACCCAUUCCGCAUUAGUGCCUAAAAGCUCACUUCGCUUUGCCCCCUAUUUUCAAAAAGUACUUAAUACUCCUGCCCACCACCUUGCAGUAGGGACUGUCCACAACAACAAAAUUUUUUCUAUCGCCGAGAAAAGCUCAUCUUUCUUCCUCCUCUACCUUCUUCCCCCAAUUUCUUCUACGAGGUUUUGUACGGAGUAGUUGACGAGGAUGGGAAGAAAACCGCUAUCGAAGUGGUCAUGGUGGACCGAAAUAAAAAGGCGUUACCGAUCCACGAUGAAAAAUUGGAGGACAAGAGAAAUCGGAUGCACGUCACCAUGGAAUCGCUGCAAUUACGUUCAUCUGCGGAAUCAUGGCCGGGCAAAAAAUUGGCUUUGCAGGAUAGGUAGACCUACUAUUUAGCUAUCUUAGUACAUAUUAGUUCUUAAUAUUGUAAAAUCAUGUGGGGGCAAACAGAAUUUGAAGAUUCUUUACAACAUUGAGAGAUAUUUAUUGAACAUUAUUUAUCACAAUCACAGCUAGCUACAACCUGUACAACCUGGACCUCCAAUCUUCAUACCUAUGAUCAAGGUAUGUUCUCGACCGGCCUCUAGAUGACACUGGCAUGUUUUUUGGCAUAUUUGAUGGGCAUGGUGGUACCCAGGUGGCUGAGCAGUGUCAAGAACGACUCUGGAAACAUCUUUUGUCCCAUUACAAACAACGCAACGUGCUUGCCGCAUCAAGAGAUGAGAAACUGAUCAGUGCGCAUGUGGCUGCCUUUGAGCAGACCGAUGCCGAGAUCUGUGAGGUCAGCGACCGAAAGAACCUGCAAUUAGUCGGCAGCACAGGCUUGACCGUGGUGAUUCACGGGAAUCCGAAACAGAACAGCGGCUUGCGGCUAGUCUGCGCAAAUUUGGGCGACAGUCGCGCGAUCCUUUGCAGAGAUGGUCGUGCCAUACCCCUCAUUAAGGCUCCUCUACUACCGAAUCAUACAACAAGGAAGUGGUGAGUCUGUAGGUCUGUGGAUAACCUUCUAUCCUUCUCCUAAUGAUAAUGCAACAUCCCAAAAUAAGCGAGUUGCUGACUGAAAUACAAGAGAAGCCUUGACUACAUUCCUCUUCUUUCAGCAUCUCCCUUAUUUUCAAUAGUUACUCGGUUAUUUCAGUUUUUCGAAUAGUCAGACAUCCUUGGACGCUGCUGCAUCCUUGAUGAAAUGCAUCAUACGUUCAUCAUGGAGGAGUUGUAUCCUAGUAAGGGAAGACUCUUCACCCAUUUACAUAGUGUUCAAGGAUGCAGCACUUGAAAGAUGAAUUGCGGACAGCUCUAACCUUAGUGAGGACCAUAAGCCAGACCGACUGGACGAACGCGCAAGGAUAGAGCGGGCUGGCGGAGCAGUGAUGGAUGUUCGCGGCUCCCUGCGCGUAGUGUGCAGUAGUAACCCACACGGAAGAACCAAAGCGCAGAGGAACCAGUUUCAGGGGUUGAUGAUGACCCGGUCUUUCGGAGAUCUUUACUUCAAUUAAGAAAUUGGAGAUCUUUACUUCAUAAUUACGAAAUUGGAGAUCUUUACGUAAAUUAAGAAACUGGAACUGGAACUCUUUACUUCAUAAUUAAGAAACUGGAGAUCUUUAACACGACUUAUCGUGGGAUUUGGUUUAUGUUGAACACAACUUCUUAGUUCUCGAGAACAACAUUGAGUCGUGAUAUUCUCCAGUGGGAGCGGAAAGUUAGUACUUACAGCACGGUUGUUCCAAAUUAUGGAACAACUACCAAAAUUUACUAACUUUGGUCUUCCUCGGCUCAUCUCAUUAUUAUAGGACUACAACCUAAAAAUUAUGUAUAAGUACAACAGAGGACAACCUCAUUAUCAGUAGAGAGGUUCUUCUAAUCGGAGCAGCCGAAUAAAGUGGUUGACUCGACUCCCGAAGUACGCAUCCACCCGCUCACAUCCAAGGACAACUUUGUUGUAAUUUGCAGCGACGGCAUUUGCGACGUCCUUUCUUCACAGGAAAUCUGCGAUCUAGCGGGAAAAUGGUACCAAUCCGCGGAAGACGCCUCGAAAAAUGUGGUCCGGACGGCUUUUAAGAAGGGCAGUGAGGACAAUUUGACGGCUAUGGUAGUACAGUUUGCGUGGUCGGAUGCGAAUAGUGCGAAAUGCUUCGAGCCUGGCACAGCAGAGUCUCGGAAAGCUGAGCAAGCGGAACGGGCUGCUGCAGUAGAAGCGGAUGACUUUGAUAUGUUUGCCUGAGAGGAUUCUCGACUUCCUACGGUUUUAGAAGAUGAUGCGUUGAUGGAGAAAUACCCGAUGAUGUUGAAAGAAACACAUGCCCUUGCCCCUUGUUCUGACUGAAUCAUGAAGAAGCAAUGCCCCUGCUAUUGUCUUGUUGUCAGUAUUAUCCACCAUGUUCUCCCCAGGACUUGCUCCUAUGACAGAACGAUUAUGGCAGGAGCGCUGUCGUAUUUAUCACAUGCCCACACAUUAUACAGAAAGGUACAAGCACUCUACAAGAGUCUUCAUCGAAGCAUCGCUCUCAUAACAACACGAUCAACAUCUAGUUGGUUUACAGUAUCAAAGGUGUCCAUCUUUUCAUUUCCUCUGUCCUAUUGUCC